AUGCGCACGACUGGCAACGAAGAGACAGCGCUGACCGCUAUGCACCCGUCUACCCUCGCGGCUCCCGGCACGAGGGGCACACAUCCUAACGACGCCACAUUAUCGUUGCAACCCUCUACUUACAAUGAGGGCAACACUGCCAAGAAAGAGGAGGCAAAUGCACCGUCUGUGAACCAGUUGCCGGCUCCCAACGGUCUUCUUGCAAAGCUGAACACGUGCGUGAACGUCGUAAUUCCACCUGGAGGAAUCCUUGCGAGCGCCUUCAACCUCGCGUCGUCGUCGAUCGGGGCCGGCAUCCUCGGUCUGCCCCUGGCGACGAACAAAAGUGGGGUCGUGAUGGCCAUUGUGUACCUUGCGAUCAUUACGUUUUUGACCAUCUACUCGGUGUACGCUCUCGGUGUGGCGGCGCAACGAACGAAGAUCCGCAGCUACGAGGCGGUGGCGUUGGUACUGAUGGGCCGCUGGUUCGCUUUGUUUGUCGCGUCGGUCCGCGUCUUCCAUGGGUUUAGCGCCUGCGUCGCGUACGUGAUCAGCGUCGGCGACAUCUUCAAGAACGUCUUGAUGCACAGCCAGAGCACGCCGAAAUUUCUGAAGACAACGGCUGGCAACCGCCUGCUGACAGUCGUUGUGUGGCUCUGCGCGAUGAUGCCGUUGGUGAUCCCGAAGCACAUCGACUCGCUUCGCUACUUUUCCACCUUCGCGGUUUCCUUCAUCAUCUACUUCGUCGUGGUGAUUGUGGUGCACUCCUGCACGCACGGGCUGUCGGAAAACAUCCACAAUGUCAGCAUGGGCAAGGAUGACAACUCCGCUGUGGUGCUCUUCAAUUCCGGCAACGAGGCAAUCGAGGGCCUCGGCGUCUUCAUGUUCGCCUACGUUUGUCAAAUUAAUGCGUACGAGGUGUAUUGGGACAUGAAGAACCCCACGCUUACGCGGUUCACGUUUGCCGCCGGCAUUGGCAUGACGCUCUGCUUCCUGCUGUACGGCAUGACAAGCUUCUUCGGUUACAUGGACUUUGGCAAGAAGGUGAACGACUCCAUUCUGCUCAUGUACCACCCACUCGAUGAGCCGGAGGUGUUGGUGGCGUACAUUGGUGUGCUCUCAAAGUUGUGCGCCUCCUACGCGAUGCUUUUCAUGGCCGCACGCAAUGCCAUCUACCACGGUCUCGGUUGGGACGUGGAUAAGUUGCCCUACUGGAAGCACUGCAUUGCUGUGAGUCUUAUUUCAGCUGUUGCACUGCUAUGUGGCCUGUUUAUCCCGAGGAUCCAAAUUGUAUUGGGCUUUGCAGGCUCCAUCUCUGGUGGAUGCAUCAGCUUUAUUUUUCCGGCGUUUUACGUGAUGUAUGCGGGCGACUGGACAUGGAAGAAAGUGGGCGCCUUCCACUACAUCCUCACGUACGUGAUGCUGGUGGCGGGUGUCGUUGGCGUUGUGUUUGGUACGGGCGCCACCAUUUAUGACACCGCUGUAGGCUAG